AUGAAGAGGAAUCGUCGCAAUUCAGACCCAGGGCCAUCGCAGAAGAAAAGGAGAAGACCAGGAAGUGAGAAGAAAGAAGAUGGAAAGACCAAGAAGAAGAGAGUGAGGAGUUUGGAAGAGCAGCAUGUACCAGAUGAGAGCUGCAGGGAGGAGAAAAGGAGAAGGGAGAAAAAUGAUGAAGGAGAUGCCAAAACCGUAACACCAGCUCAGUCUUCAAGGCUUGACCCGCUCAGUGUCUCCAGCUAUGACAUCUUCUCUAUGCUGGGAACAGGAGGAUAUGGCAAAGUCAUGCUGGCCAAGUUAAAAGACAGGAAGACACACGUGGCUCUGAAGUACAUCAGAAAGACAGAGUCAGAAUAUGACAGCAUUGUCACCGAGGCACAGGUCCUAAAAAUCUCAAGGGACUGUCAAUUCCUUUGCCAAGGCUAUGCCGCUUUUCAAACCCAGCGGCAUGCCCUCUACGUCAUGGAAUACCUGAGCGGGGGAAGCCUGGAAGACGAGUUGGACAACGGGUGGCUCGAAAGGGAGAGAAUCCAGUUCUAUUCAGCUGAGAUGAUAUGCGGCCUGCAGUUCCUGCACAGCAAGGGGAUCAUCCAUCGAGACAUCAAACCCCUCAACAUCCUAUUGGAUCGCAAAGGCCAUGCUAAGAUCUCAGACUUCGGCCUGGCUGUACAAAAUGUCUUCAAACAUGACACCAUCACUGGCCGGGUCGGAACUCUGUCAUAUGUGGCCCCGGAGAUCCUACAAGAUUUGCCAUACAAUGCAGCGGUCGACUGGUGGUCACUUGGGAUCACCAUCUGCAACUUGGCCAGUGGAGAGACCCCGUUUUACAACGAUGACAGAGAAAGACUCAUUGAAUCCAUCACCUUGGAUGAGCCUGAAAUACCUGAAUGGCUGGAUGACGAUCUAAUAGAUCUUCUGGAAAAGCUCCUUAGAAAGAAUCCGAGGCGACGACUCGGUGCACAAGGGGACAUCAGGUGCCACCAAUUCUAUGAGUCCAUUGAUUGGGUGGUGCUGGAAGAACAAGGAGCAGAGCCCCCUCUCCAGCCAAGUGAACCAUCAGAAAAGCUCUUCAAGCCGUAUGAGGGAAAGCUGUCGUUCCUCGGGUCCCAGGAAGAUGAAGCCACAUCAGGGGACAAUAAAAUCGUCUCUGGAUUUUCAUUCCUACAUUCCUCCUGGCUGGAGUAA